AUGUUACCUAGCAGAGGUCUUCGCUGGUCCGGUCAGGCCAUUGGCAUAGGUAGACGAAGAUUAGACCUAUUUCCUGCUUCUACUAGACAAUUCUCUUCAACUGUACAACGAAAUGCGCCCAUUAGAGGCAGUCCACUCCUUUCCUACAACUGUCCUUCGCUGGGUAGAAUAUCCUCAAAAUCCCAAUUAUCGACGACAAAUAUUUUAAUGCGAAAUGGUGCUGCUGUCCGCUUUGCUUCCAGCGCCCCUCUCUCUGCAUCUGCAAUCCCCGCGACCUCUACAACUACAAAUACCCCAACAGACGCUGCGGGCGCCUCAGCUUCUUCCUUGGACUCUGUUACGCCCACUUCUCUCGAUGACUUCUCUGCCGGAUAUGCCGCCGAAUCCCUCGCCGAUGUGCCCCAUUACCUGGGGUAUUUCAAAGAUCUCGGGUUGGACUAUGGAUGGGGUCCCACAGCUGGAAUGGAAUGGGUGCUUGAACAUGUCCAUGUAUUGGCAGGGACUCCAUGGUGGGUAUCAAUUGCAAUAACAUCGGUACUGGUGCGCAUAGCUCUCUUCAAGCUGUAUGUUAACGCGGCCGACAAUGGCGCCAGAAUGGCAGCAACUGCUCCCUUGACCGCACCGAUCACGGCAAAGAUGAAAGAUGCUCAGGCAAGAGGCGAUAAUACGGCGGUGUUCCAGCAUUACUCCGAAAUCAGCGCAAUACAGAAGAAAGCUGGAGCUUCCAUCAUGAAACAAUUCGUGCCUGCAAUUGGAGGAAUCGCUACCUUUGGUAUUUUCAAGUUUCUGAGGGCAGCGUCUGCUCUCCCAGUCCCUAGUAUGGAAACAGGCGGUAUUCUUUGGUUUGAGAAUCUUACUAUUCCUGAUCCCUACUUUUUGAUUCCAUUGGCUACAGCAGGUAUGGUGCAUUGGCUUAUACGCAAAGGUGGUGAGACAGGUGUCAGCACCCUUUCCCCCGGGAUGUUGAAUGCUAUGAUGUGGGGUAUCCCCACCAUCUCUCUCCUCUUCACCUGGUGGCUCCCAGCGUCCGUUCAACUAUCAUUUUUUGUCACGGGCCUACUAUCCUUCACCCAAGUAACCAUGAUGCGACAACCGUGGUUCAGACAAUACUUCAAAAUGGUCCCACUUCCAGAAAGCGGUUCCAAAGGCCCAUCAUUGUCUGCCUACAAAGGCACCAUAAAGCGCUUAGAAAGCCCUGUUCUCACCCAAGAAGAGCUCAAUGCCCGCUUCCAAAGCAGCAGCUCUUCUUUCCCUCGACAACCAGAAGCUCCUAAAAGCGCUUUGAAGAAAAUGAUGAACGUGGCCUUGAAGCCUCUUGAGCCAGUCAAGGCCGCUAUGGCGCCGACAAUUACUAGCGCGAGGAAUAUGCAAAACGAUCAAAAUAAGAAAAGAGGCAAGAAGGAUGCGCAGAAGUAUGAGGAGAAGAGGAGCGAAGAGGUCAGGAGGGAGAGGGAGGCAAGAGCCGAAGGAGAACGACAUCGUCGAGCUCUAAGGAGAGAAAACAAGGAAGCUCUAAGGAGACAAAAUAAGGAGAAUUAA